UGGAAAAUGAAAGUACAGUAAUUCAGCGCUUACCAAGGCCCGGCGAGGUUGCACCUCUUUCCCCGGCCUUUGAUCUGUAGGGCACACGCGGCCGUCGUUGUUUCUUCCUCUCCCCAAGCUCGCUGUUCAUCCGGUGUCGAGUUUCAUUUCUUUUUCAGUUUCGCUCCAGCGGCCCCCCGCCUGACUUUACUUUCUGCCUCGUGCACAGCUGCAGCGAGGCUGGUAGCUUUAUUCCUGGAAGAUAAGUUGGAACCAUCUUUCCGGGUGGGAUGCUAACUGGCCUCGGAAGGGAGUAGGGGAUGUUGACUGAAGUAGUCAAAAGUACACGCUUGGCUUUUUCUCUACCAAUUGCUAUUAGAAGUUUGGGGAAUUUAGAUAUUCUGGAGUUUUAAUGCCUCAUCAGAAUGGUUUGCCCAUCUCUGGUUGACAGAUGAGGUCCUCUCUCCUUUUUUCCCACCCCCCACGGCUUGGAAAACUUGGUGCUUCAAUAUUUAGUCUUGGCAGCGGUGUUUUCCUUAAAACGUAGUAUGAUUCAAUAUUUUCCCUUCAGGAACACUGUCCUCGUUGAUUUUACUUAAACAUGAAAACUGCCUCAUUGCUAUGGACAGUGCUAUCACCCUGUGGCAGUUCCUCCUUCAGCUCCUGCAGAAGCCUCAGAACAAGCACAUGAUCUGUUGGACCUCUAAUGAUGGGCAGUUUAAGCUUUUACAGGCAGAAGAGGUGGCUCGUCUCUGGGGGAUUCGCAAGAACAAGCCUAACAUGAAUUAUGACAAACUCAGCCGAGCCCUCAGAUACUAUUAUGUAAAGAAUAUCAUCAAAAAAGUGAAUGGUCAGAAAUUUGUAUACAAGUUUGUCUCUUAUCCAGAGAUUUUGAACAUGGAUCCAAUGACAGUGGGCAGGAUUGAAGGUGACUGUGAAACUUUAAACUUCAGUGAAAUCAGCAGCAAUUCCAAAGAUGUGGAGAAUGGAGGGAAAGAGAAACCACCUCAGCCUGGUGCCAAGACCUCUAGCCGAAAUGACUACAUACACUCUGGUUUAUAUUCUUCAUUUACUCUCAACUCUUUGAACUCCUCUAAUGUAAAGCUUUUCAAAUUGAUAAAGACUGAGAAUCCAGCUGAGAAACUGGCAGAGAAAAAAUCUCAGGAGCCCACACCAUCUGUCAUCAAAUUUGUCACGACACCUUCCAAAAAGCCACCAGUUGAACCUGUUGCUGCCACCAUGUCAGCUGGCCCAAGUAUUUCUCCAUCUUCAGAAGAAACCAUCCAAGCAUUGGAGACAUUGGUUUCCCCAAAACUGCCUUCCCUGGAAGCCCCAACCUCUGCAUCUAGCAUAACAACUGCUUUUGCCACCACACCACCCGUUUCGUCCAUACCUCCUUCUUUGCAGGAACCUCCCAGAACACCUUCACCACCACUGAGUUCUCACCCAGACAUCGACACAGACAUUGAUUCAUUAGCUUCUCAACCAAUGGAACUUCCAGAGAACUUGUCACUGGAGCCUAAAGACCAGGAUUCAGUCUUGCCAGAAAAGGACAAAACAAAUAAUUCAUCAAGAUCCAAGAAACCCAAAGGGUUAGAACUGGCACCCACCCUUGUGAUCACAAGCAGUGAUCCAAGCCCACUGGGAAUAUUGAGCCCAUCUCUCCCUACAGCCUCUCUUACACCAGCAUUUUUUUCACAGACACCCAUCAUACUGACUCCAAGCCCCUUGCUCUCCAGUAUCCACUUUUGGAGUACACUCAGUCCUGUUGCUCCCCUAAGUCCAGCCAGACUGCAAGGUGCUAACACGCUUUUCCAGUUUCCUUCUGUACUGAACAGUCAUGGGCCGUUCACUCUGUCUGGGCUGGAUGGACCUUCCACCCCUGGCCCCUUUUCCCCAGACUUACAGAAGACAUAACCUAUGCAUUUGUGGAAUGAGAGAACUGAGGAACAAAGAAACAGAGAGACAUUCAACAUGAUUGCAUUUGAAGUGAGCAAUUGAUAGUUCUACAAUGCUGAUAAUAGACUAUUGUAAUUUUUGCUGUUCCCCAUUUAAAACAUCUUUUUAGGAUUCUCUUUGAAUAGGACUCAAGUUGGACUAUGUGUAUAAAAAUGCCUUAAUUGGAGUCCAAACUCCACUUCCCUCUGUUUUUCCUUUUUCUUUCUUUUUUUUCUCCUUCCAAAAUAUUUUGAGCUUUGUGCUGAAGAAAUUUUUGGUGGGGUUUAGUGGCUAUGCUUUGCAAGAACAAUUAAGAACAAAGUUACUCCUUUUGGCUGUUGGGACCCUUUGGCCAGGAAAAAUUAUGCUUAGAAUCUAUUAUUUAAAGAAAUAUUAGUGAAAUGAAUUGGCAUCUUUAGUACUAAGUGUGCUCUGUUGAAUGGCUAAAAGUGAGCUGUUCCUAAGCAGUGGAAGAAGAAUCAUUCCUAUUCAUACAAAGUAAGAUUGGAGCAUUCAUACUGGGGAGAUUGUUUUGUGUGAAGUAUAACAUGUGUAAGCAACUCCCCAAAGAGGCAUCUUGUUUACCAUUAUUCAGGGUGGGUCUCUUAGCCAUUUGUAUGAUCCUGUCUGAACCUGUCAACAGGGCAUGGAGCUAGUCUAUUUCAAGGUAGAAAGAUUUUUUUAGACCUGGGGUUUAGGAUACUUCUUGGAACAUCUAGUGAGAAUAUGGGACCUCAUAUCUAGCACAGAAAUGUGUUUUGCCCUCUGGGUAGUAUGAUUAUAUGCCCAUGAAAUACAGCAUGGGAAAUGAACACUUUUAGGAGGAUGAACUCGGGUUUUGAAUAUUUGAAACAUCUCUGAGUAGAAGAUUCAAUCAAAUAACUUGAAACAACAUGUAGGGGUUUUCUCAAUUAGAAGAUAACUGAGUUAAUGACCGUGUCUCUUUCCUGUUCAUUUUACCUCAUUUUCUACUAUAUAUUGAUCACCUUUCCUUUAUGUUUCAGGUUGUUAGAGGUUAUAAUAGUUUUAAAGAUGCAGUUAGGAGGGUAGAAUUCAAAGUGAAGCCUCCCCAGUCAGUAGCUAAGUAAAGAUGUGCUUAUUUCAACUUUUUUUUUUUUUUAAUGGGGAAGAGCAGAGUUCAUUUGGGAAUGCUUAUACAUAGGGGGUUGGAUUGUUCAUAUUAGUAGUAAAAAAUGUAGGCCUUUAUAUCUGCAUUACCAAAUUUGUAAAAUAUUACUAUAUGGUAAUCAAUGCCAGGUACAGAUCUGUUGGUUCCCCAAACUGAAUUGAUACCAAUAUCAUGGUGGUGGAGUCUUUUGAAAAAUUUAGCAUUAAAGUCCAGGAUUAAAUUAUAUGUUGUCACCAUCCAUCACCACUACUGCCCUCCUACACCAACCUCUCCCACCGGUUAAACUAUUCUUCUAACCCUGUAGAAUCACACGAACUAAGUGGAAUGAAGGAGUAAGGACUUGAAGGCUCAUACUGACACUGUUAAAAACUAGCAUCGUUCAGAUGCAUGGUAUUUACUUAUAUACGGUGGAGAGAAGCUCUUGUAUAAGAAGACAUCUAUGCUAGCUAACUUAGUAGUAGAGGGAACAUAUUCAAUGAGCUGCCUUUAUUAACUGUAGUGUUGGAGAUUUUUUACUGGUUCAUUUGUGGUUAUCAGCUGAAGGUUCUUUUCCUGAGAUGUGCAAUAGUAGUGUUGAAAGGCAGUGUUCAGUAGUGAUGGGGAACAGACAUAUUGGACUUUUUUUUCCCAUAUUGAAUUAUUUAGUUCGCAUGCCUGUUUGAAAUUGGACCUCUCAGCAGCACUUUGGAAUAGUUACAUUAGGUUAACAUUUUGUAUAUUAAAUAAGUAAAUAUAGAUGGUUGAUUUAACUAGAUGUGUUAAAUUUUAAAAGCACAAAGGUAUUUUAUCUUUUUGAAUUAAAGGAGAAAAGCCAUUGAUUUGUUUUCACAGAUGGUAUAUUUAAUAAUUAACUGUCUCAGCACAGAGGUACCUUGGAACCAAGGGCACCAUUGAAACUCAGUUGGAGCAACUUCCUAGCAAACCAUUUUAGUGAGUCCUUUUUGCAUAAACCUAUAGCUGAAGCCUCUGAGAGGUGUGAGGCUGUCACAGAUUGGUGAUCUGCUGUCUCUUUGAGAUCAACUGAUUUGGAGAAACGUGUGUGCAUGUCCUUUUUUAAGUCAAAGUUUACAACUUUAGUGCAAGUGUAUGAGGCAGACAAUUCUGUUUAUAGACUACCUCCUUCCUGGAAAAGUCUCAGCUUCAUAUUCUGUUGAAUAUUCGAAGAAUUCUUAGUGUGACAUACCACUUCAGAUCGGUUUUCACUGGAGAGAAUUGUAAUUGGUAGCUGUAGCUGGUAUCCAUCCCUAGUCACUUUGCCAGGAUGAAUGCUGUUGGGCACCAGUAGCCUGUUACAGAAGUGGAGCAGAUGGAAUGGGGUUUUGAGACAUCUUCUUUGGUGUCUUAGCUUUCCUUCUGCUCUGGCCCCCAUCCACUCAGUCGUGCGCUGGAAAAUGUUUUAACAACCAGGAUAUCUGGGGUGGGGGAGGGGGAAGCCCUGAAUUUGUAGCAUUUGCUGAUUUCUUUGAUAUAAAUUAAUUACCCUGUGGCUGAUUUCAAGCUACCACCUUAGAGUUGAGGAGGGAUGUGCACUGGCUCAGAGCCAGUGCUGACAAACCAUUGCAUUUACUCCAUCCAAGAGUGGAUUUUUCAUAUAAUUUCUAAAAUAAUUUUUUCUUAUUUAUGUAAUGAUUUUUAAAUAUACGAAAUUAAAGUCUCAUGUCUGAUUUCAGCGAUUUUUUUAUUUUUAUUUUUCUAGAAAUGAGAGCUUUCAGGAAUCCUUUAAUUAAUUUAAUUUUUUAAAGAUGGAGUCUUGGUGUGUUACCCUCGGUGGACUCAAACUCCCAGGCUCAAGUGGUCCUCCUGCCUCAGCCUCCCACAUAGUCGGGCUAUAGGCAUGUGCCACCACACCUGGCUUAGUAAGCCUUCUUUAUUAAUGGUUUGUCACAGUACGUUUGUGAUGUUACAUUGCUUUGUGGCAUACUUUAUGUGUUUGAACAAAGGUGGAAAUUUCCUUUUUUAAAAAAAUUUAUACACAAUCUAGAUUUUGAGGACUACGAUAAGGAAAAAAAAAAAGUAGUAGAGGCCCUUAAAAGGUCAACCGUAAGCUGCUUAGAGUUAAAAUAUGAGUUUAACUUUUUUCCCACAUUUUGACAGUUAAAAUCUUGAUAGGGACAGUAAGCUUGUGAGCCUCUAUUAGGGUACUGGAUUUUUUUUAACUGGAAAAUUCCUUGAAGAUUUACAUCUGUAUUACAGAUUUAUUUAAAAGGCAAGACUGACAUAAAUAAAUCAGAGGUUUGGAAUUCUGGAGCUGUAACUCCAGGAUGUUGAUAGUAUCACUUCAGUUCCAUUCACGCCUGCAUCAUGUGACGUGCAGUCUGACAACAUUGUUUCAUCCUGAUCUCAGACUUUCUACUAUGAUUCUCAGGUUCUUAAAGGUCGCUUUAUGUUUUUAGUGAAUGUAAGCACAUUUAGAGCCACUCAGUACCACUUCUCAAUACCCCUGAAGCGGUGGUUUAGAAAAGCAGUAUUUCAGAAAAGCAGCAUCUAGCCUUUUUGAACAUGCACCUUGAUCAGUAAAACUUUCCCUACUAAAAAUUUAUAUGGGUAUAUGUUAAAUUAUGUACGACUAUACCAAAGUAAUAUGUCCAUUAUAAAACAUACACAAACCUUGAAGGAUGGCAUGGAAAGUAAAUCUUGAGUAGCAGUUACUGUAUUUUCUUCCCACACCCCAGUUGGUUAUCUUGUACAUCCCCCAGAAGCACUGCUGACUCAGGGUAUUCUCAGUCUAAUCUCCAAAAAUAUAUGAUGCUCCUCUUGUGAUAUAUGGAGAAAUCCUAGAGAUUGGGAGUUUUUCAAGAGAGUUUAUUGUCAAUUUUUGAAAUUUUACAUUCUUUUUGAUAAAUUUCUAAAUAAUAAUCCAUUACCACCUGUUUUCCACAGCUUCAUUCAUACUACUAUUGUCAGCCUGUUGUCUCUUAUCUUCAUGUUAGGUAUGACUAUUUUUAUUUAGUGGUCUGCUCACAAACUUCUUUGGGCCUUAUGUUAUAUUUUACCAACAAAUUCAGAAUCAUUUCAAGUUGCUUUAUGUUAAAAUAGAUAACAAGUUAACAUUUUCUUGCUGCGUUAAGUUUUUGAUUUUUGAAAUCUGUGAUAUUACAGCAUCUGAAGGAAUACUUUUCUUUAUAGCUCUCUUCUGUUUUUAACUCACUGAUGGUAUAUGUUUUAUUUACCUGUGCCAGGAGUCUAGAAUCAUGCUUAGGUGCCAUUCUUAGGUGUGAAAACAAGUUUGGAGACAAAUGCAGGUCUCUAUGCAGAACCCUGAAGCUCCAGAUGAAUUACCAAACCAAUAGGAAAGUUAAAGAGACUACUCAUGAUAUAGUGUGUCAUCUGAAGGUAUGAUGGAAUACAUUAUUUCUAAAAUAGUAUUGAGAAGUUAAUUGUUCAGUCCAUAGUAUUGUAAGUGAAGUGUGGAGGUCAGCCAUAAUUGUCUUUCUUCGGCAGGUACUUUGACCAGAGAGAGUGGGUUCUGUGGAAAAUAUAAUUAUAUUCUUGGUUUGGGAUCAACAAAUAAAUGAUUUGCUACUGUUUUAAUGCUGCUGGCGUUGCCUGAAACAAAGUGCCCUGUUAUUCCUCUUAUGUCAUCAGAACUCUGCUUACUGAAGUUGAAGUUUUAAUCUUAGACUCUAGAAUUCUUGUGGCUGGUGGUGUAUUAAAAAAGGAAAAUUGUUUGAUUUUAUUUCUUGUACUUGGUGGAACGUGUCACUUCAAAUCUGAGAGGUGAAUUGUUAAUGGUAGUAUAAUUGUUCCAUUUGAAGCUGUCAGUUUCUUCAAGUCACUUCUCU